GAGCGCCACUAGGUGGCAGCACUCAACCGUCAUUGUGUUGCUAACAUCAGCCUUUAGUUGUCAAUGCGAGAACAGCUACAGUUAUCUGAACUGAGUUUGUGGUCCAGAUUUUUGGUUUUCAAGCUAAAAGGAUGGAGGAGUUUCAUUCUGGAGAGGAAGUGUCCUUCAGCCCAGACGAAGCAAGUAAUGUUGUCAAGGAGUGCAUAGAGGGUAUUAUUGGAGGCGUGGACUACAGCCAGAACAAAGUCAACCAGUGGACAGCCAGCAUAGUCGAACACACUCUCACUCAGUUAGUCAAACAAGGGAAACCGUUCAAGUACAUUGUCAACUGUGCUGUGAUGCAGAAAAGCGGCGCAGGUCUUCACACAGCCAACUCUUGUUACUGGGACACUACCACCGAUGGAAGCUGCACAGUCAGGUGGGAGAACCGCACCAUGUACUGUGUCGUCAGUGUGUUUGCAGUGGCUAUUGCACUAUGAGCAGGAAUCAGGGCUGAGACAUAUACAGACACAAAACCACCUUCACUUUGACAGUCACAUGUGUCUUGUGUCAUGUUUUGACUAUUCUACAAAAUUUAGAGCGUAUUGCUAAUGCUCGGCUACUACAUCAUAGUCAUUUGUCUUUUAUUGUUAUUUUUUUGGACUUGCAAAGGUAACGUGCACCUUUGCUCUGUAUAGGAUGAAAUGCAAAUAUGUUGAUGCUUAAUUAUUAAAGUUUUGUCUGUUUUGGGUUUAACGAUCCAAAA